AUUGUGAGUGUUUAAAUGCAUGCACUCAUGAAGGUGCGGAAUGCGUAUAGUUCUUUCAAGGUUAAGUUGCCGUAUCUGUAGGAAUGUCGUCGUUUAAUGCUGGUCCUGCGGGGUCUGGCGUUGCACCUGUGGAGCUCACUGCGAGCAAAAUUCGCGAAUUGAUGGCGAAUGCGCAGAGAACAAUCGCCCAGCGGAAAGUGGAACUUGGUCUGGCCGAGAACGGUGCAGCCAAUGGGUUGAAUUUUCCAUCAGGUGUGAUUCCUGACACAGAAACUAUUGACAAAAUGAGGAGAGCAGCCCAGCUACAAGCUCAGAUAGCAGCACGUCUGAAUACCGGGAUCCUCAGUAGUCAAACAGUUAACAAUGAAUCCAGGAAGUCGAAGGAUAUUCCCAAUGUAAUUUUUGACGAGGAAGGUAAAACUAUCGAUGCAGCUACAGGAGAAGAGAUACAACUAACUCAUUAUACACCUACUCUUAAAGCCAACCUUAGAGCGAAGCGAGCUCAGCAGUUCAAAGAAGUUCUUCAAACUACGACCGAAAGAAAACCGCGGAAAUCUUCCGUGUCAACAGCGUAUUUCGAUCCUCGACUUAGGGUUAAGGCUGCUGCGCGACCUAAGCGAGCACUUAGUUUUCACGAACCAGGAAAAUUCGUCAAGAUGGCACAAAGAAUGCGCACUAAGCACCAACUAGAGCUUUUGCAGGAAUCUGUAGCGCAUGCCGUCAGAAAGACAGGUAUAGCCAGUGCAGCCAAGCUGUCAACUAUUCAACCAAAGCAUUCGGUCGAUGAGACUGACCUACCUGCACUAGAGUGGUGGGAUGCCUAUAUUUUAAAGGAAGGUGUGACCAGUUAUUCAACUUUGGAUGAGCUUGCGAUACAUGGGCUUCCUGUUUCUGCCGCCAUAAAUAAAUCAUGGAUAACAAGUCUAGUAGAACAUCCAGUAAAAUUGAAGCCCCCAACUGAUCUGUCUAAGCCACCAGAAAUACCUCUGCUCCUAACGAAAAAAGAGCGUAAGAAGUUGAGGCGUCAAAACCGCCAGGAGGCUCAAAGGGAGAGACAAGAAAAAGUCAGACUUGGAUUAAUGCCACCUCCCGAACCGAAGGUUCGCCUGGCAAACUUAAUGAGGGUUCUGGGUUCAGAUGCUGUUCAGGACCCAAGUAAAGUUGAGGCGUAUGUACGAGCGCAGAUGGAAUCUCGCAAACGUGCACACGAAGCUGCUAACGCUGCUCGAAAACUAACAAAAGAGCAAGCCCGUUAUAAACGCAUAAAGAAAAUCCGGGAAGACACUAGUCAUGUAGUUCACGUCGCGGUUUAUAGGGUGAAAGAUUUUUCUAAUCCAUCUCAUCGAUUCAAGGUGGAAACUAACGCUAGCCAGUUGCUCAUGUCGGGACUUGUCGCACUACAUAGCGAUUGCAAUGUAGUAGUUGUGGAAGGUGGACCUAAACAACAACGCAAAUUCCAGCGUCUCAUGCUUCAUCGAAUAAAGUGGCGUGAAAGUAAACGGGGAGUAAUUGCCACAACGUCUGAUUCAGACAGUGAUCCUGGUUGUCGUUUGAUUUGGAAAUUUGUGAACUCUUCGUUUCCUAUUUUUAGCUCACUAUAGUUAAAGGUCAUGCGAUUUAAAAGGAGUUUUUAUAUCGAAAUAAUGUCAGCUUUUAGAUCCACUAAAAUCAAAACAACAAUUCGAUCAUGUAUGUAAAUUGUUCUUUUCUGUAACAUUUUAUUUCGUAACUAAAAUACCCAAUUACCAAGGAAGAAAGACAGUUUAAACAAUGGGCGGAUCACUUCAAAGGACUGUUGAAUCGACCACUGCCUGCAACUCGUCCAGAAAUACCAACAACAGCGCACACACAACUGCAAGUUGACACCAAUCCUCCAACGAAAACUGAAGUCUUGAAUGCAAUCAAGCUUCUGAAAGCUGGAAAAGCAGCUGGACCAGAUGGUAUACCCCCUGAAGCACUGAAAGCGAGCACAGGGACGACAGCAGAUAUGCUGCCUCUAUUAUUGCAAAAGGUUUGGAAGGAGGGAAAGGUGCCUACUGACUGGAGGAAAGGUUACCUUGUGAAGCUACCAAAGAAGGGAGACUUACGCCUCACUCUUCAACAACUGGCGAGAAAUCAUGCUCCUACCGGCUCCAAGUAAAAUUCUGAGUCGCAUCAUCCUGGAGAGAUUAAAGGACGCACUGGAGACAUAACUCCGACCAGAACAAUCUAGAUUCAGGAAAGGCGAAUCAUGUUCUGACCAAAUUGCAACUCUACACAUCAUCAUCGAACAAGGCGUGGAAUGGCAAUCAAACAUGCACCUCAAAUAUAUAGACUUCGAGAAAGCCUUCGACAACGUUGACCGUUUAGUAAUUUGGAAACUACUCGAGUACUACGGCGUAUCCCAAAUAUUCAUCGACCUUACUCAAAAGCUGUACGACAAUGGCGCAUAUCAAGUGAUCCAAAACGAAAAACUCAGCGAGGCGUUUGCAGUAAACACACAGGAGUCAGACAGGGGGUGCGUAUUAUCACCAAUGAUAUUCCUAAUUGUGGUGGACUGACUGGAUUAUGCGUCAGACAGUGGGAAACGAGCAGACAGGGAUAUCCUGGACCGAUGUGAAGAACCUAGAAGACCUGGAUUUCGCGCGUGGAUGAUUUGUGUUUGUCGUCACACAAAAUCGAAGACUUACAAGCGAAGACCGACAAACUGGUCGGAGAAGCGACAAAGGCGGGACUCCAAGUGAGCAUAGACAAAACGGAGGUUAUGAAAAUAUAAGUAUUGGUUUUUUAGGGAUUUUGUUUGGUUGCAUGGAGGAUUUAAUCAUGAACUGACAUCAGUUAGAGAACCACUGAAAAUAACCAAACAACAACAACAAGAGCAGCGACAUCCAGCACCAAUCACCAUCAACGGGAGGGAUUUGAAAGAGGUUAAUUCAUUCACUUAUCUAGAGGGCAUUGUCUCAACUACAGGAGGAAGGGACGAGGAUGUCAAAUCAAGAAUCAGGAAGGCGAGAAACAAAUUCAUUAACCUGAAACAACAGAGAUGUUUAAGUGUUAUUUGCAAUUUCAUUUGAUUAUCGUAGUUGUGUUUACUUGUAAUAACGUCCUACUGGUGUGUACCAGUGGUUAGACUUUCCCAGGGAUAAUUAACGUUUACAGCUAUAUUCGUUUUCUGUUAUUCUAUAGAAUUGUGAAGCAGAUUUUGUUACUGACUAACACCUAUCAAAACACUAAAACUAUUCUACAAACUUAUUUUGCGUGUUAUUUUUCAGGGUACGGUCAAACAGCGUGCAUUUGACAAGAUACAAUUCAAAGCAUGUCCUACAGAGCUGUAUGCACGUGAACAAUUUCGCAAGCGUGAUGUGGAACACUACUGGGAUCUGGCGUAUAGUGGCGCUGUUUUAGAAACUCUUGACGUAUAAAAUCUUUAAAGCCCUUUUUAAUGUGUUAAAAAAUAACUUAAUAAGUUUAUAUUUCAGAUGUAAAUACAAGUGUAUAUCUUUUUCAGAGUUUUAUUGAAUCACUAUAUUAAACAACAUAAUAUUGUACAAAAUAUUUUGUUUUUUCAAUAGGCAUCAAUAUGCUUUUAAAACGAGUAAGGUGUUCAGUGUCACAGUUAGAGGCUGAUUACAUCUUGUUAUGUUUCAGUUCUUGUUAUUUUGUUUACUAAUGUUAGAUCUGUGUACCUUUUUUCUAAUUUCUAGUUUAUUGAGAUGUCAGUUUUUCAAAUGUUUGAUUUCAGCUUUUUUUUGUGUUUACACGCAUGUUGGCUCACGAAGUUUUGCUUAAAUCAGUGAGACAUGCAGUUUCGGGAAACAUUUGUUUGUGGAGCGUUCACAUGCAUGAAUUGAGUAUGAAAGCGAGUGUGAUAUCUAAACAAAAUUCUUUAUCGUGUGCACUUAGUUAUUUCAGAGUUAGUGUGAAAUACUGUAUGUAUAUAGGUUAUAUCUUUAAUGAUAUGCGGUCUGUCUUUUAUUGUUUACUGUAUCCAGCAAGGUGAACACCUUCAUAGUAAUCGCAUAACAUCAAAGUUUACUUAUACGCUAUAAAAACAUGUACCUGUAUAUGCGAGAAACCUUAUUUUCUGUAGAAAUAAGUAUCUCACUCCAACUUGUUAUUUGAAUCGUGUUCAUUUUUAAACUACCGGUGCGAAAAAGAGACAAUGCCACAUUUUCUAAUGAAUUAAUUCUUUAAUAUACUUGACUUUUGUCCAGCAGGUCAUGGUCUCAAAUGGCGCUGUGCCUCUCAUUUCAAAAGUAGUCAUGUGUUAUCAUCAGUCCUCACAUAAUAAAUGUAAUGCAACCUUACUCCAUUGCUAAUAAUAUUGGAUAAUAUAUGAAAGGUAUUUUUGGUCUCAGUAGUGAUAGUCCUGCAACUUUAUUGAUGUAACUGUUCAACCAAAACCUAUUUCAAGACGAAGUACUUGUACGUAAGGCAUUUGGAAGAUAUUAGGUUCUCCACCGAAUGCUUUCUCGUAGAGCUUUGAAAGUAGUGGUGGUGAUCCGUUAGUCAUGGUUAUCACGAAAUCGAUGUGAAAGUGUCGUAACGGCUGAAAUGCUUUUGUUUCAGGGUUGCACUGGCUGAAUUAAUACUAGGUGACUUAACAGUUGCACUCGUUUUCACUGUGGC